CACGGUGGAGCAUACUCAUUGUCAGUCUCGCAUAGCCAAACUUUCUGUAACUCAGCGUUUUCUGAGCUUUGUGCGAGUUGUACCAGCGUAAGCGAACUCCGGUGCUGUUGGGAGGACGGAGGCCUGGACGGCGUGCCAGGCGCGGUGUCUUCAGAGAAGCAGGAGUCAGGACACCCCUCCAAAUUAGAGGGUAAGAAGCAAGCUAAAAAAAAACCUAAAAAAAAACGUCGACUUCACUGCUCUUGAGUGUUUCACUUGCCACGGUGCUUCCACUUUCUAUUGAAUUUGUCUGUUUCGAAAAAAUAAAGAUACUAUGAAUCGACCGAACUUAUAUAUCAGCGUCGAUGCUGAAGAAGAAAUCGUAAUCUCUGGUAUUGCUGGCCGAUUUCCUAAUAGCGACAAUUUAAAAGAAUUUCAAGAAAAUUUUUUUAACAAGGCGGAUCUUGGUUCGAGCGAUCAUGGGCGGUGGAAUAACUCUUAUAAUGUACCCCAUCAAAUUGGUAAAGUCAACAAUAUCGAGAAAUUCGAUUCAGAAUUUUUCAACAUACCCACAACAGAAGCUCAUAUAAUGGACCCUAUGACUAGAAUGUUACUCGAGCAUACUUAUGAAGCAAUUAUCGAUGCGGGUGUAAACCCAAAAGAAUUACGGGGAACAAAAACGAGUGUUCUUACAGCAAUUUCUCAGUCAGAGACUCGAGCAUAUUUUUCUUUUAAAAGUUCUGAGUUAGCUAGAUUACCUAUGACUGGAUGCAACAUUUCUUUCGUGGCAAAUACAAUUUCUUACUGGUUGGGCAUUACUGGACAAUCGCAUAAUAUUGAUACUGCAUGUAGUUCAAGUAUCUCUGCUAUAGUGAAAGCUUACGAGCAGAUUCGAUCCGGAAAUUGCGAUGCUGCCAUUAUCGCUUCCGCGUCUUUAUGUCUCAGUCCUUUCGUCCAAAUGCAAUUUUGCAAUCUAGGAGUUCUAUCUUCUGAUGGUUACUGUAAACCCUUUGACGAGGAAGGCGCCGGAUAUAUGCGUGGCGAGACGAUCGCGGUAGUAUACCUGCAAAAGGCAAAAAAUGCAAGAAGAAUAUAUGCGACCAUCGUACACGGUAAAAUAAAUUGCGAUGGUUUUAAAGAAGAAGGUAUUACCUUUCCAUCGGUCAAAAAGCAAAAAAUAUUGUUGGACGAAUUUUAUAAGGAAUGUGAGAUCUCACCCAAUGAGUUAUCUUACAUGAAGGCUCAUGCAACUGGUACUCUUGUCGGUGAUCCCAUAGAAGUUAUGUCUAUUGACCAGACUUUAUGCGCUAAAAGAAACACUCCUUUAUUGAUGGGCUCGGUAAAAUCGAAUAUUGGGCAUUCCGAACCCGCCAGUGGCCUUUGUCAAAUCGCAAAGGUAUUAUUAGCGAUGGAAACUGGUAUAAUUACGCCUACUAUACACUUCAAGCGUCCGCGAAAAGAGUUAACUGCUAUUAUCGAAGGAAGAAUAAAGAUCGUCACUGAACCAACAGAAUGGGAAGGUGGUUAUGUAGGUAUCAAUGCUUUUGGAUUUGGAGGAGCUAAUAGCCACAUAUUAUUAAAAUCAAAUCCUAAACAAAAAAUCAACAAUGCAGCUUUGAAUGAUGACUUACCUAGACUUGUAGCUGUGUCUGGACGUACGGAAGAAGCAGUUAAAAUCAUCUUAGAUGAUGUGCGAAAUCGACCAAUAGAUACUGAGUUUAUAUCUCUGUUACAUCAUAUUCAUAAUGAUGAUAUAGAAAGUCAUCCUUACAGAGGAUACAUGAUAACUGGGUCUAAAAUAUCUCAUAAUAUAAUUAAUAAAAUAAAACAUACUGCAUAUAUCAAAAGACCGAUUUGUUUUAUAUUUUCUGGAUUAGGAUCUGAAUGGUUUGGGAUGAGUCGCGCUUUAAUAAAAUUCCCAGUGUUUGCCAAGGCCAUCCAGAAUUGCGAUACCAUUUUAAAACCUUAUGACAUACUACUUACAAAUAUUUUAACAAGUGAUAAUAAAAAUAUUUUUGAUAAUAUCAUUAAUUUUUUAUUGAGUCUUAUUGGACUACAGAUUGGAUUAGUAGAUCUUUUAACAUCUAUUGGUGUAGUCCCCGAUUUUAUAAUCGCCAUUGGUGAACUAAUCUGUGGAUAUGCCGAUGGAUGUUUAACGGCCGAAGAAACGAUUCUGUCGGCAUAUUUCAUCGGUUUAGCCCUUCACGAGUCGAAAAUAAUUAAUGGCUCCAUGGCUGAAAUUAACCUCGACCUUGAAACCUUAAAAGUUAUGUGUCCUUCGGAUAUCGAUAUAGCUUGUUACAAUACCUCUUCUAAUUUUAUUGUAAGCGGACCAACGAAUUCUAUAAAAACAUUCCUCACCAAAUUGCAGGCGAAUAGUAUAUCUAUAAAAGAAAUUUCUUGUGGUUAUAUACCUUUCCAUAGUCGUUACAUCAAACCUGCUGUAGCUAAGUCUGAAGAAUACUUGAACCGAACAUUACCACAAAAAAAGUUUUAUAGCUCAAAGUGGCUGACAACAUCCUCUCACGAGUACUCCAAUACUAUACCUUUAUGUUCAAAACAUUAUACAAAUUACUUGAUGUCUCCGGUGUUAUUUGCAAAGACGAUACGUUCAGUUCCAAAAGAUACAGUGACGAUUGAAAUAUCUCCUCAGAAUAUUCUUCAACACAUUUUAAACAAUUAUUUAUACUCUACAGUAACAAACGUAGCGCUAUAUGAACGAACCGAGGAUCAUAAUAAUGAGAUAUUUUUAGAAUCAAUCGGAAAACUUUAUAACGCAGGAUUGCAGCCACAGAUUGCAAAUCUCUAUCCGACAGUGGAAUUUCCUGUAAGCCGCGGUACCCCAAUAAUUUCUCCUCUCAUAAGAUGGGAUCAUUCAGAGAACUUCCUUGUAGUGCAAUUUUGUCCAAAAAAAAUAAUUGACAAAAGGGAAACAGUUGUCAGUAUUAUUACAACUGCUGAAGAAUUUGCGUAUUUUACGGGCCAUGUCGUUAAUGAAAAAAAUUUAUUUCCUGCUAUGGGAUAUCUUUUUUAUAUCUGGGAAAUGAUCGCAUUGUUAAAAAACCAAGACUACAUCAAUACAUCAGUUGUAUUUGAAGACGUUAAUUUUAUUCGUGCUACAGUGCUAUCACAACAAAAUGAGAUCGAAUUAACUCUUUCGAUCCAAGAAGGUAGCAAUAGGUUUGAAAUAAUCGAAGGAGAUAAUGCUAUUGUUACUGGAACGGUACGAAUUCCAACCAAUAUUGAAAAUGAAAAAAUAUCAGCUAAUCUUGCUAAAUGUAUCGAUGAUGAGGAAGAAAUGAAUACAAAAGACAUCUAUAAGGAAUUAAGACUUCGCGGUUAUCAAUAUGCCGGCGCAUUUCGUGGAUUAAAAAGCGCAUCGGUUACUGCCCGCGAAAAACGAUCUAAUAUGAAUCUAACUAAAAUCAUAUUAAAUCAUAUUUAA